GGUGCAGAUGCUACAAUUCCAUUGUAGCAGAAAUGACAACACUCUACAACAAAAGAAAAAAAGCAUUUAUACUUGGCAAAAAGGAAAUAAAACUCAGAAACAGUGAUGUCAAGCUCAUUUUUGGUAUCGACUGUGGAGAAGAAGCAUCACCACCAAAUGCUAUACAAGACCAAAGGAUUUUGAGCUUCCAUUUUACAAACGAAGAUGCAAAUCAGUAAAGAGAUUGGAUGGCAAGUCUUUGACCAAAAUGUUUCAACAAACAAAAAAAGGAAAAUCAACCAAUGAUUGUCAAGAUCUUGCAAGGGUCAUCACCCUUUACUUGUGCUUGAAACUUCUCAUGCCUACAACAGGCCAUACACUCAGUUGGAGUUUCCUCAACUAUGUUGACAAUCUCAACAACAUCAAGAAGUACAAUUGGGUUGAGGCAAUAAAAGACACACUAAUGAAUUCAAUGGCAAAUGCAAACAACAACCCAAGGCAUGUCACUGGAUGCGUCAUGUUACUCUUGUACUGGUACUGUGAGCACAGUAAACUCCUCCGACCAUCCAACAAAGAAGGCUUCCCAAGGUUUAUGAAAUGGAACCUUGGCAAAAUGUACUCCAAGUGGAAACACAUCAGCCUUGCUUACUUUGAAAAGGUAUUCAAACUCUUCUAUACUAUCAUAGUACAAAUCUAUUCAACACUCCCUUCACAGUCAUUAUAGUAAAAAUCAUGUUAUGAAACUGUCAAAUUUUUCAGUUUCAAACAACAUAUAU